CAAAACUAAAAGCUUUACAAGUUUGUCCUCUUCACGGGGUCCUUCAUUCUUGCACUUUUUUGUUGUUGCCGUAUGUGUGUAUUAUAUCAUUGUCAUGGCAUGUAGUCCUUGAGAUUAAAAGCAGUUCCUAUCUCGCCUCUCUUCACCGCACAACCAACCGACUCUUGGGGGGGGAGGAGAACACCCAGCCAGGGCUGUGCUCAACCGUGUUCGUCUGGUCCAGUCGGUCGACCAUGUCUCCCUCUUCGUCUCUCACGCAGGUCCAUCAACCUCGGGGCAGCGGCAGCGGCGGCACGCCUUCAUUUAACAAAUCUGCACGACUCCUCAGACCAACCACUCUCCCGAUCCCGGUGUUGUCGUCGUCGUCCAGCAGCGUCGCGAAACGAUAUGCCGUCGCUCACACCCUCGCCGUUCCCUUGUACUAUUACCUCCGAGCGUCGGCGUUGGUGGCCGACCCUCUCCCGACCUUGAUUACGGAUUUGAUCGUUGUCGGAGCUGCUCAGGCGAUAUUUUGCGCCUUGUGUUUGCCCAGUGCAGGUACUUGGGUCAGUGGCACCACGGGAGGAAAAAUAAUUGAAGGGACUGCUACGACGACCACGUCAACAACGACAAAGACAUCAAAGGGUUCCUCUGCCGCAGGAGGAAGUAUGAGAAAGAAAGGUGGUCACGGUGGUGGUGGUGGUGGUGGUGGGAAGAUUAGCACGAGUAAGGGCGGCUUUGGAGACGGUGGUGCAGCAGGUGGGAAUAUAUCGUCUAGAAUCAUGCCAACUCUAUUCUCCUUGAUAUUGACACUCACACUCCCACCUCUACCUCUGACGGUCAUGGCCUUGGUCCUGGGAGCUCCCUUGUACCCGACUUCACUCAUCCCUCACACCGCCGUCCUGGCCCUACACGUGUCGAUGCUGGGGUUCUUGCCGAUCUUCUACACCCACGGCGUCUCGAGCGCGGCGUGGCGCGACGUCGCGGCCGCUUGGUUGCCCUUCGACGAGGCCGGGGUCUGGGCCGGCACGGUGGGUGCCUUGGUUGGUGGGUGGGUAGGUGCGGUGCCCAUGGCCCUGGACUGGGACCGAGACUGGCAAAAGUGGCCUUGCACCGUGCUCUGGGGGUGCGUGUUGGGAUGGGUGAUUGGGCGGGUUUUGACGGGUGUGCUUGGGUUCGGGGUGGGAGAGAGGAUAAAUUUGAGUGAGACUCAAGGAGCAGAAGAGGUGGAAGUGGCGACGACAGACACAAAAAGAGAGUGAUGGAGAAUGUCCAGGCACGGAGGAAGAUGUGUACAGUCUCAAGUCUACAAUUUUUGUACACGUACGAAUCGUUCACGCAUUAACACCAUGUCCGUGUGAGGGUGUUGACCGGCAUGGAUUCGACAUACAGCCCGUUGAGAACCACUGCCCUCGUUGCACGAAUCGACUGGUCGAUGAGUGUACCACACCAACGGUUUCGAUGCCCCGACAAACCCAUCGACUUUUUCCGAGUCGACAGGUCAAAUGAUGGUUCUAGGCGUCUUGGGUUCAAGAUACAAUACACAAUACCGCUCGACUCCCCACGGAAAGUACGGAUCGGCGCUCAGUUUCGCGUCCACGUUCGACCAAGCGGAAAGAGUCGAGACGCGCUCGAGGGCUGUUUGGUCAGUUGGCUACAGCCACACUCCUGGUGUAUGCGGUUCCUUCGAGUCAUCAACCAACGAUCCGGAUUUCGAGAGAGUUCUUCACAUGACCGGGUGGGUCGGUCGGGACAGACAGAUAGGAUACAAACCCCCCCAGGACAAUUUUGAUUUUCUUUUUCGACCUUCACCCCUCCGAGUCGAGGUGAGCGACUGAUGGAAAUGAGAGUACCUCCUGAGGAAUCAAAAGACUCGAGUUUUGGAGACCCGAUCCAAAAGAAGUCGGG